UCUAAACACACAGAGUAACUAUUGGUACGCCUGGGAGGAUAGAAAGGUUUUGAGUUUAGCUGUAAAAGUGGAGUCAAUGGACCUUUGCUCAGCAGGUAGUUUGAUCCUGAGAGAGAGACCACAGUCGGACAGACCUUCACCUGAUGUUGACCUGAUGACCCUGGUGGGGUUUUAGUCUGGAGCUGAACCGUUGAGAGAUUUAUGGACUAAUGAUGCGUUCGAUUGCAAGUCGGAAAGUCGAGAAUUCCUCGUCGGUUUCUCCGAUCUGAGUUAAAAAAAAAAUAGCAAACAGGUCAUUCUGCUUACUUGUUACUGUGUGCACGGCCAUAUUGCUGUGACGUGCGCCUCGGUCUACAUGGAUCCUACCUGAGUUUCUGAUUUGGAAUUCCAACCUGAAUGGCCGUUCCUUUGCAUUUCUUCAGAGUCUGAGGUCGUUUUUUCCCAGAGUUUAGAGUACAAUGGAAGGCAGCAUAAUUAUUGUUAUUGUACGUUGGGCGAUGGGGUGGGUGAUUAUAGGACGGGGGUUAUAUGUUCAAAUUUGGUUAUGUGUGUUAAAACUUUAUCUGCUGACUUUUGAAUCAGCUGGAGUUGUUUUGGAUUAAGAUGUUACUUCAGAUAGAGAGUGUUAGAUGUGUUUUAAUGAAUAAGUAUGUGCACUAAGACGAUGACUGUUAAUUAGGCCCCUGGUUGUUGUAGACGUUGAGGGUUUCAGGGGGUUUAAUCUGCUGAAAACUGUAAACUGUAAAGCUUCACACUUUUUGUCCUGACUUGAUGUGAAAGAAGACGUUCAGCCAAACUCAUCAAAGACGGCCUUGAGGAGAAAAAUGUCCCUGAAUGCAACACGUAGGGGGUUUGAAAGAACACUCUGUGACUUUCCCUGAGCUUCAUAUUACAGAGGAAAUUACACUAUGACAGUGCGUGAUGCACUUCCCCAAGAGUGGGGAAUCUGAUGUUCUUCUUAUUCAAGUUAAAAGUAAAAGAUGCUCAGAAACAUGUCCCCCCCCCCCCCCCUGCAGCUCACCACAGCUCUCUGACUGUUUCAGUCUUUUCAGUCAACUGUUUUGCAUUCUCUGUUUUGGUUCGGUGUUGCAGCUGUUAUCAGUGUAGUUCCUAUCAGCAGCUGUUCCAACGGUAAUAAACCUGCUCUGAGCUUCCUCUCCUGCUUCUACUGGCAGACUGACAGAGAAGCAUCAGCCUCAACAUGUCAGCUGAGAGAGAGCUCAACACCAACACUGCUGACGACAACAAACUGGUCAGACCAAAGGUAGAGUUCCAAACGUUGCUGCAGCUUGCAGGAGCGACUAAAGAUGUUUUCACCAUGAAGGAGGUGAUGUUCUACCUCGGUCAGUACAUCAUCCAGAAGCAGCUGUACGACCAGAAGCAGCAACACAUCGUCCACUGCUCCCAGGAUGCACUGGGGCAGGUGUUGGGGGUCGACAGCUUCUCAGUUAAAGAAACACGAGUUCUGUUCGCGUUGAUCACAAAGAAUCUGGUGGCCGUCAAGAGUCAAGAGUCUUCACAAAGCUUGAGUGAAUCCCAAAGUAACAGUGAGCCGGAGAGAGGGACAGAGGAGGCGGACUCAGAAAGCCGCUCUUCAUCACCGGACAGAAGGAGAGGACGGAGGAGGAGGAGGAGCGGCAGGAGCAGCGAUCCCGGCCCCUCAGGCCCCUCCCACAGUUUAGAGGACAAUGAAGAUGCAGAAGAGACGCAGGAAGAAGAGGACGAAGGAGGCAGGAAGAGGAGGCGGUCCGACAGCUACUCCUUGACCUUUGACGAGAGCCUGUCCUGGUGUGUGAUUGGUGGACUCGGGAGUGGGCGGGACAGACACAGCAGCCAAUCGUCAGACGCGCACAGCACGUCUGCGAGGUCAGAGGUCACGGUUGCAGCCUCAGACUCCGACUCAGACAACUUCAGCGUGGAGUUCGAGGUCGAGUCCGUCGACUCCGACGACUACAAUGAAGAUGACGCUUCUCUGUCUGCAGACGACCAGGUGUACGAGGUCACCAUCUUUGAGGAAGAGGAAGAAGACUCCUUCGAUGAAGACACAGAGAUCACCGAGGCUGAUUACUGGCGCUGUGCGGAGUGCGAGGAGCUGAACCCUCCUCUGCCCAGACACUGUCUCCGCUGCUGGACUCUGCAGCAAGACUGGCUCCCUAAAGACGCAUUAAAGUCGGCCUGCUUCAGCCCCAAAGCCCUCCCCCUAAAGCCAGCUGACCAAUCAGCUGCCAAAGAAGCACUGGGUUCUGAUGCGGAGGAACCUGAAGGAGUGGACGUCCCAGAUGGGAAAAGAGCAAAAACUCCCACCAUCCUGUCCCUGUGCUUGUCUGACUCCGCCUCCUCUGCCCCGAACUCGCAGGAUUUCCUCUCCUCGUGCUCGCAGCCUUCCUCGUCUUCCUCGCAGCAGAAGCUCUGGAGCUCCGACUCGCAGCCCAGCUCCUCCGUCGACUCCCAGGAGCUUCUCCCGCUGUCCCCCUCCACUCCCACUCAACCUCCGCCCGGCGUCCCCGAUCUGGACCGCAGCGUCUCGGCGGAGUGGCGCCUGCCGGACUCGUGUCUCGACCCGUGUCUCAUCUGUCAGUCCCGGCCUAAGAACGGCUGCAUCGUGCACGGCCGGACCGGGCACCUCAUGUCCUGCUACGUCUGCGCGAGGAAGCUGAUGAAGAGGAACAAGCUGUGUCCCGUCUGCAGGCUGCCCAUCCAGUCUGUCAUCCUCACCUACAUCAGCUGAGAGACACCACCUGUCCUCCACCUCCACCUGUCCUCACCUACCUCAGCUGAGACAUCCAGUCUGCACCUCGUCUUUCAUUUAGCAGAUGGAUGAUUAAUAAAUAAAUUAAUAAAGGUUCUCUGAAUAUUAAGAUUAA